UUAGAGGCAUGCGCAUUGCUACACUGUAUGUUUGAGUGAAGGCCUCCUAGGCACUUGGCUUUGUCAAUGUCUAUGGAAGCUAGUUAAUUUGGACUGGCUUCUAUGAACUCUGCCAAGACUGACGACUGACUAUGAUGAUAAUCGAUGAGGCACAGAGUGAGGAGUGAGGAGUGAGUGGACGACAGCAAAGCUACCACCUGCAGAGCCAAACUCUAGGCAACUAAAUAUUUAAUUAAUAUAUUAAAAUUAAAAAUUAUAUCAUUGUGUCUUGCUGAGAUAAAGCUACGACCAAGUUAUCUAGGUUAUUUCGGGUAUAGUGUGCUGUAAAUAGUGGAGUGGAUAUUUUCAGGCAUGUUGGUGUUUUGUGUUGCUGUGUUGUUCACAUCAAGGAUGACAGAUGUCUGAGUGCAGUGUGUUGGUGGACCGUAGGCCCACAUGCAAUUUUAAGAAAGUCUUUUAAAUUAAUUAACAACAUUGGAUUUCCGCUGAUUCUUGGAGCUGGCAGUAGUCUCUAACUUGCUUAAUUUAUUAACACACUACAAUACUUCCUUCAUAUUGGGAUGGUGAUCUAGCAUCAUCGUCAGAAGUCAAAUUUAUAGCAGAUGCUUUACGGAAAUAGAGACGUGUCUUACAUGAAAUGAGCGGAUAGAGUAGACCAUAAGCGGAUACGUUGUGUCAUGAGUAGAAUGUGAUUCUCAACCACUAUUUAGAAUAGCCACAUACAUUUGGGCAAGGAUGCACCAAUGGACUUUACUGACUUUACUGUACAGUCUUGUACUCAGAUUCAGUUGCAUCUUGAUAGCUUCUAUUGACUGCAUGUUGAGCUACUAAGCAGGUGAGUUGUAAUUGGAUUUGUCUCUGUCACUGAGGAACAGCUUGAAUUAGACAAGGAUUAAAUCUGUUGAGCAUGUGUACAUCAUAUUAACAGCUUUACCUCACACAUCCAUCUCUAUUACUUGUAGCUACUGAUACCCCGUACAUCUAACUUUAGCCUUGAUUGUUCUCCUAUCCAGUUGCAAGAUGAUGUUUCUAAUGUCACUAAUUGGAUACAGCAUCCUACUACAUUGCAGCCAAUCGGUUGAUUCUUACAGUGGAGGCACGAUUGUAGAAAUUUGUGGCUUUUUAUCAACAAAGUUGAUCUGUGUGAUGUCUGCUAUUGUUUGUGUGUGCUCGAGUGUUGGCAAAUUAACAAUGGCUGUAUGCAUUUCUUGUAUUGCAGGUUCUGGUUUGGAAACUCUUUCAGAUAUUGCUACUUGGUCGUGUCUAGAGACAGAGGCUAUUUUUGUUCAAGUUGUAAUUAGAAUAAAUGAGAGUGGUUUUGAUGCUCAAGCGUUGAGGCUGUUGGACAGUAGCUGCAAGCCUCAAUUCAUUGAUCAAUAUUUGGAGUGGAUUUUCACUGCUAAUGAAUGUGGAAGCAGAGUUCUGGCUGCGGGACAGUUUCGUGUGAUCAGCAAUGUGUUAAGCCUAUGGUAUGACUCAGGAGAGUAUGAUAUGGCUAUAACUUGUGCCUAUCCUAUCAGUGACUCUGGUUUUCAUCAAAAUAUGGAUCAGACGUCUGGUGUUGUAGUGCCGAGGCUGAGAUGGGCCCUGCUUCCCAUCUCCAAUGAAGGAACAAACCUUGCAGACGUCCCAAUUACAUUUAAGCCAUCAAGUAGCUACAUUGGAGACUGGAAAGAAGGAGGAUCUUUGAUGGUGAUGGUUGAAACAGAAAUCACCAGUGUACUGAUGAGUAUAUAUGGAGGUGAGUCAAUCGUGUUGACAUUGGUGAGCUGUUCCCUUCAUUUUGUACAUACAAAUGGAUCCAAGAGUAAACCAGUUCAUUUGCUGGAACAAGGUUGUCCAAUGAGAAAGGACAGUUACUUUGGUGAGAGUAAGGCCUUUGACAUAAACUCUGUUGGAUUUGUCUUCAAUUUGUUGGAUGAAGUAAGACAAGCUGCUUUUGCUGACGUGAAGCAUGCCGUUCUCAUGUGUAGUGCAACUGUUUGUAAGCAAGGAUACGUACAUGGUUAUGAAAAAGUACCAAAGUGUCAAACAUAUUACUAUCCCUCUUUUUGUGACCCUAUUGGGAAAUUCAAUUCAUCAAUGUCUGUGAAUUUUACAUCUGGUCUGCUGACUGUUCGCAAGGAUCGUACUUACUCUGAAGAUACGAAUGUUACAUUAACAGCAACAUUGCCAGAUACCAUUAAUUUAACAAAAUUGCUUGACGUGUCGGAUACCUUUAACUUUUCAACCGUAGCAACAACCACGUCAGUAGGAGGGCAUGACAGCGACAUUGAAGAUGAACGAAUUGAUUUGGAACCUGUUCUCGUUGCUGCCAUUUGUGUUGGUUGCUUUAUCUGUGGUUGUGCUAUCAUUGGUGUGAUCUGGCUGCUUGUUGGACACAAGUGCAGAUCUGAGAGAUUGACAAACGUCAGCUCGUCGUCUUCUUUUGUACAAGAACAAUCAACUAUCAAAUACUUGUAGCAACGAUGACACUU